UUGCUUUUCAUUGAUGACUCAUUGUGCGAUGAAUCGUUGUGGUGGUUGGAAGACUUCUUGUUCGUUUGUAACUCAAUGUGGUUUCAAAGAAGAAAAUGUAUUUGGUAAAAGGUGGUGUAGUCCCAGUUUUUCUGUAAAGAGGUUGCGUUCCUUGCGUCCUCAAAGGUUGCUGACUUGUGCCACUUUACUCUCAUCCCCCUAUUCUGAUACUUUAAACAACCUUCAGUGUCCAGUGAAAAGAGAAGACUUUCCCAUUCUGCAGCAAACUAUAGAAAACAAAAAACUCGUGUACUUGGACUCUGCAGCGACUUCCCAGAAACCCUUGGUCGUUUUAGAAGCUUUACAAAAGUAUUAUUUACAUAACAACGCCAAUGUCCACCGAGGAGCGCACACUUUAUCUUCAAGAGCUACCGAAGCAUAUGAACGUGCAAGACAGAUACUUCAACACUUUAUUGGGGCAGAGUCCAGAGAGCAAAUCAUCUUUACUAGAAAUGCAACCGAAGCAAUCAAUUUAGUAGCAUAUGCUUGGGGUCUUCAUAACUUAAAACCUGGAGAUGAGUUGAUUUUAGCUAUCAGUAAUCACCACAGCAAUAUUGUCCCUUGGCAACUAAUAGCUUCACGUACCGGAGCUAUUUUGAAAUAUGUUGUUUUGGAUAACCAAGAACAGGACAGUUUGGAAAGCUUCAAAAUGUUAUUAGAAUCUGGCAAAGUUCGGUUGGUUGCUUGUUCUCAUGUUUCCAACGUGUUGGGGUUUAUCAACGAUAUCAAACCAAUCACUCGUUGGGCACAUUCUGCGGGUGCUUUGGUUUUAGUAGAUGCUUGUCAAAGUGUUCCUCAUAUGCCAGUGAAUGUGGUCGAUUUAGAUUGUGACUUUCUGGUAGCUUCGGGACAUAAGAUGUGUGGACCUACUGGAAUUGGUUUUCUUUAUGGAAAGGAAUCUUUAUUAGAGAAUAUGUCACCUUUCCUAGGAGGAGGUGAAAUGAUUGCCGAUGUUUAUGAGGACUACUCAACUUUUGCAGUUUUGCCUCACAAGUUGGAAGCUGGAACUCCUGCUAUUGCUGAAGCCGUUGGGUUGGGAGCAGCAGUUGAAUAUUUACAAAGUAUUGGAAUGGAUGUUAUUCAUUCCUAUGAAAGGUGUUUAUCAGAAUAUCUCUAUCGCCAUCUCAUAGAUAUUCCUAAUGUUACUAUUUAUGGACCAAAAGAUGUGAAGAGACGUGUAGCUUUGUGCUCUUUUAAUAUUCAAGGCAUUCAUGCCAGUGACUUGGCUUCGAUAUUGGAUUUGGAAGGAGUUGCCAUUCGCAGUGGUCAUCAUUGUGCUCAACUACUUCAUCGAUCUUUAGGCAUUUCAGGUUCUGCACGAGCAUCUCUUUAUAUGUACAACACCAAAGAAGAAAUUGAUUCCUUUAUUGGUUCUAUUUAUCGCUCAAUAGAUAUGUUGAAAAGAUAAAAACGCUUUGCAUCAGCUACUGUAUGGGUUGAGACAC